GGGUGGAGAUUAGACGUGUAGAGUGGGAACUGAAAAGCAGCUUAGAAAGAUAGCUCAAUAUAGGUAGUCCACGAUGGCGCAAGACCGCAUAACGGCCCGAGAAGCCCGUGCGGAUCUAAAAGGAACGAAAUCGUCGUAUUUCUACUUGACUUUUGGACCAUUCAUUGCUAGCUAUCCUGCAGAAAGCUUCCCCGCAGAAUAACAAUUGGUGUCGGGCUGCUCAUAUCGGCAACUAAGCUUCAUAGUCAUCUGUGACUAAAUCCUAUCCAGUAAGAAGUGUCCUCUUAGAUAAGGAACGGUUGAAUGGCGGUAUGAGGAAUCGAAGUGUCAUCUCUCACUUCUCGUGUACUCCAACCACGCUGUCCUACAAGGCGUAGGCCAUCAGCACAAGAUGGAAAAUCUCUGGGGAACUCUUCAGUUCCCUAUGGCCGUGUCGGGCCUACAGAAGGUGGAUUCGACAGUAUCAUUAAUAAAGCAAUUACCGGAGAGGACAUCAUGGCAGAAUAAGACGCAACAUGCUGCAGCCUUUGUAGCAAAGGGCGAUUUGCACAUCAGUUUCAUGGCCAUUUCAUUGCUUGUACUGAUGGGACGGUUGUUUCUAGAUUUUGUUAUUCCACUCAACCGAACCAGACAACGAUUAUCAGACACGACUUUUACAGGUGAAGUGAGACAAUUUACACCUCUCAGAUAUGUAUUUGGGCAAUGCGUGUUUGUCACAGCGGCAUUCGUACUUAGCAUUGUAUCAGUCAGUCAUUCCGGAAGCUGGGAAAAAUGCCUCCUCUUAGGAUAUAUGCUCAUCCUUUGCCUGGCUCGUUUUGUCUGCAAGUCAAGCUCAUACAAAUGUUGCAUUUAUCACCACCUCAAUACCCUGGCCCUAGUGGCCACUAUACUCCAGGCUAUUCAGGUACUUCUGCCCAUGACGGCCAUUGAUUCCCCAUCUCGACCACGACUUAUUGAGCGUGCUCAACUGGUACUAUUGGCUGCCGUUGUUCUCAUGGCUUUCAUCGCUCCUCGCCCUCGGCAAGCUUUACAGCUUGACAGAGAAGUUGGGGUGAGCUCCAUAAAAGAAAAGGCUUCCCCGGAAGAAACCUGUUCUUGGUGGUCCUACUACUGUUCGUAUGGGUGGACUACAUACAUGAUCCUUCGCGGAUGCCGUCGCGAUCUCAAGAUGGAAGACCUUCCUCAAGUGCCUUCUUACGAUGCGCCCCUCAAAUGGUUAUAUGGUAUCACAGCAGCAAGGCUGAAAGGAGGAAAGACUUUUUUAACGCUCUGUCGGCUUUUGAAGAAGGACAUCAGAGUGCUAAUAUUCUGGUCCGUUGGUACGGCAGUAUCAGAAUAUGUGGCACCAUCGGCGAUGUUACGUCUUCUUAGUUAUCUUGAACAGCCGCAAGAGGCUGUGAUACAUCCUGCUGUCUGGAUUGCAUUGCUCUUCAUUGGGCCCAUGUGCCGGUCCCUCUGUUAUCAACAGUAUAUCUUCAAUGCUACUCGUGUCCUCGUUCGUUUAAACAUGUCAUUGGUACAGGAAAUAUACCAAACAGCGCUCCGGUCCCAUAUCUAUGAUAAUUCUGAAGACCGUGGAGAACAUGAAAGGCACACAGGGAAAGAUCAAGGCAACCCCUCCAACGCCUCCUCCAAGGAGGCACCCAGGUCUGGCCAGUCUAACAUUACCAGUCUCAUGUCAUAUGAUGUGGACGCCAUCUACAAUUCGAGAGAUAUCUUCUACGUUAUGACCGCUGGGACAAUCUCGGUCACGAUAGCAAUGACCCUCCUGUACCGAAUGCUUGGUUGGCCGUCGUUGGUUGGAGUCUUUACUUUAUUUCUAUUGACGCCUCUUCCGGCCGUAUUGUCUAAUCGUGUUUCCUCUAUUCAGAGAGAGGUCAUGCGUGCCACUGAUGCUAGGCUGUCCAAAAUCUCAGAAUACCUAGGUUCUAUUCGGACCUUGAAGUAUUUUGGCUGGGAGCCCGCGAUGGCGGAAAAGAUCAAUGAACUCCGGUCUGUCGAACAAAAACGCUUGUGGAAGCGUAAUAUUCUGGUGGCUAUCAUCGCAGUGUCUGGAGACUUUCUACCGAUGGUCAGCUUACUUGCCAUGUUUUCUACAGUGGUUCUCUUCACCGAUAUCCCUUUGAACGCACCGGUAGCCUUCACUUCCCUCUCCAUUAUGGAAACUCUCCGUCUUCAGUUUGUUUGGCUCUCAAAUAUUAUUCGAAAUGCGUCACAGGGAAUGGAGUCUCUUCGUCGCCUGGAUCACUUCUUCGAGUCAGCUGUCCCAAUCAAGCAUCACCCAGCUGGACCGCCUGAGUUCAAGAACGCGACUUUCCGCCGUACCCCGGUAGCGACAUUCAAGCUGCAGGACUUGACCGUUCGCUUUCUCGACGGGAAGUUGAAUGUCAUUACAGGACCAACAGGCAGCGGAAAGACAUCUCUGCUUCUAUCUUUACUAGGAGAGACCAUCCUAGAGGCAGGCGAAGCAACGUGUCCAAGAGACAUAGCUUAUGUCCCUCAAGCAGCAUGGCUUCAGAAUGACACCAUAAGAAAUAAUAUUCUCUUCUUUGCCCCAUACGAUGAAGAACGUUAUAAUUCUGUUAUCCACGCGUGCGGUCUGGUACAAGAUAUCGGACAACUUCCGGGCGGCGACCAGACUAUCGUUGGAGAGAAGGGGCAAAGUCUCUCAGGGGGUCAAAAACAGCGUGUUUCACUGGCAAGAGCUGUUUACUCUCGUGCAUCGACAUUGGUCCUUGACGACGUAUUCUCUGCUCUGGACACACACACUACCAGCGCAGUCUAUGAAGGAUGCUUCCGCAGCGGUAUGCUGCAAGGUCGGACGGUGAUCCUGGUCACUCAUCUGCCAAGUGCCUUGCGAGAUGCAAGCCUGAUAGUUAACCUCGACCGUGGAGCCAUUUUGUCGGUGCGGACGUCCGAAGAGGGUGGUUUGUUAUUGAAAUCCAGCCAGUGUUCCGUUGACACUGUCGUUGAAGACGAUUCAGGAUCACCGCCUCUUCUAGAACCAAUAGAGUCUGGAUCAGUGCAAAGUACUUCUGGGGUACUGAAAAUGGAAGAUCCGAAGGAUACGCCAGGCCGAUUAGUUGAAGAGACGUCAGCAAAGGGCCGCAUUCCACGGACACUAGUUUUCAGAUAUAUGCUUCUAUUCGGUGGCUAUCCCUAUGCCUGUUUAGCGAUCUUUGUGUCGCUUACAGUUCAAGUCACCUAUUUUUCGAUCACCUAUUGGCUCUCUAUAUGGACAGGGUCUUACGCACGAGACGAGCCACCGUCCAACUCCAAGUUCUAUCUCGGCGUCUAUGCAGUCAUUGUGGUCACUUUCCUAAGUCUUCAGUUCAUCAGCAACAUCAUCUACCAAAGGGGUGCAUGGGUCGCGGCCGGAAGAUUGCACUCUGAACUUGCUACAGCAGUUCUAUCAGCCCCUGUCUCAUGGUUUGAUCAGAAUCCAAUUGGCCGAGCUAUAAACCGCUUUGGAAAUGAUAUGCGAUCUCUAGAUGCCGUUUUGGUCACUUGGCUUAGGCAGUCUGCUGAUAACAUUCUCCGCUUCUUCUUCCGGCUUGCAAGCAUAGCAUCCAUUAUGCCGAUAUUCGCUCUUCCUGCCGCGAUCAUAUGUAGUAUUGGCUUCAUCAUCGGAGAAAUGUAUACACGCGCACAAGUGUCAAUCAAGCGUUUGACUGCUAUCAACUAUUCACCUGUCUUUACUCACUUUACUGACACGCUAGCGGGGAUGACUGUUAUCAGAGCAAGGCAGGGCAUGGAAAGUGUCUUCCAGGAACUCCUGGCAGAUAAGCUCGCGGCGCAUACGCAGGCAUCAGAAGCUCAAUAUAAUUGUAACCGCUGGGUCUCUGUCCGUUCCGACCUUUGCGCUGCUACUAUUGCAGCUGCAGCUGGCUGCAUCGCUUAUCUCAAACCCGGACCCCCUGGUCUGGUUGGAUUUUCUCUCACAAAUGCUAUCGGUCUAAGUCAGACUAUUCUAGUCCUUGUUCGAACAUUGAACGAACUAGAAGUCGAGUUGAACUCUUUCGAGCGUGUGAAGGAAUACACACAGAUCGAACCAGAGGAGAGCGUGGCCGAACAGGAGAAAUCACGCAUGAAGAGUGUUCCCGCUGGAUGGCCAACCUCCGGCUGCGUCGAGUUCCAGCACGUAACUGCUCGGUACCAUCCUGAUGGUCCCGAUGUAUUGAAAGAUGUUACCUUCACUGCAAAACCCGGACAGCGGAUCGCCAUAGUCGGACGUACGGGAAGCGGGAAGAGCACACUAGGAUUGUCACUGCUACGGUUUACGGAUAUAGUGUCUGGGAAAGUCAUGAUUGAUGGCAUUGAUAUCACAGAGAUACCGCUACAUCGUCUACGGACAAGCAUUAGUCUCAUCCCUCAGGAACCAGUGCUUUUCUCCGGCGAUAUCCGAUCCAAUCUUGACCCGUUCGGUCAGUUAGAUGAAACAGAUUUGCAGACUGCACUUUCUGCAUGCACAGCGAUUGAGGUCCCAAAGUCCGAUGACUCGACAGAUAACUCUCAUCCUCAUCUGCUCAGCCUUAAUACUCCUGUUGCGUCUAACGGCGAGAACUUUAGCCAAGGUCAACGACAGGUUCUUGGGCUGGCACGGGCGAUCAGUCGUCGGACGAAAGUCGUUCUCCUAGAUGAAGCGACAGCAUCAGUUGAUCACCGCACAGAUGAGCAUAUCCAGCAGAUUAUCCGUUCCGAAUUCCCAGAUUCGACCAUUAUCGCAAUCGCCCACCGACUACGCACGAUUAUAGAUUACGACUGCGUCAUCGUCAUGGGAAGUGGAGAGAUCCUCGAGUAUGUAUAUCUUCUUUGUCCCAGUUGUGCUGUGUUAGAGGAAGAAUUCUAACUAUAAGUAUAGGAUUGGCUCACCAGCCGACUUGAUUGAGAGUAAGGGUGUGUUCUGGGAUAUGCUAAUGAACACGGGAGAGUAUGAUGAGCUCAUGACGAAACUGAAGGCAAACGGAAAUUGAACAAAAGUUAAGAAUUGAUCACGAUGGUAUGCUUUGCACUUAUUGAUUUCAAAACUGAAGUAUUAGAAUGGACAUGGGUCCUGGCGUGCAUUUAGAUACUACGGAGUAGUAGUUCGUUGCAGUACUUACACUAGCUUAUAGCAUGGCAAAAGUCAAAUUGAAUUCAAUCCAGGAUAUUGAUACUCCUGUAGACUAGCUGCAGUCAAACAAAUAGUUCCUGCAUCGUAAGAGGAUAAUUCGACAAUUUCUCGUCAACGACAACUUUGCGAGGAAU